UGAGGGUGUGCACUAUAGUGUCUGCAUGUGCUUGAGAGUAACUCGCUCUUUAUUGAAGAAGAGUAUGCUGCUUUACUACAUACCACAGAUGGUUUCACCAAGAAAUGUAGAAGGAAAUCAUCACCCAGAAAACUCCAGGUCUGAAAGUGUAGCAGAGCAGACGAUGAUGGAAAUUCAUGAUCAUCUUAUUCGGCCCAAGAAGCUAUCGAACCCUGUUCUGGACUCACCUAGCCACCGAGUGCUACACAGGGAACUUCGGGUCAGCCACAGAUGGGGGCUAUUGCCUGCUGAGAAGUGCGAAUUGCAGAGGGUGAUGGAGAAGCGGAGAUUGGAGCAGCAGCGGGAGAGAGAACAGGCUCUAAAACCCCCCACUGAUCUGGAGCAGCAGCUGAGCAAGAGACGACAAAGAUUACUCAACUAUGAACUGGAGGAACAGAAGAGACAAGAGGAUCUGCUUAAUGUCCCUGAAUUUGUGCGUGUAAAAGACAACUUGAGACGUGUCCGGGCAGCGUAAAUUUAUCCUAGUCAUUUGAAAUACAUUUGCAAUCUCUGUAAAUCCAAUUAAAGAAAAUGUCUUUUUAUUAUAAUAUUUAAAGUUCUUUAACGGCACAGCAGUUAAAUUCAACAAAGUGGCAAGCGAUAUGGAAUUUCUUUUAAGUUUUAUUCUAAUAAAAUAACAUGAUCAGAUGCACUGUGUAACAGAAACGUUUAAUAAAAAUAAAACAAU